CCCUGCGUCUUCUGGCUGCGACGGGCGUCCAUCGUCCGCAGCCGCCGGGCGGGGGGCUCCCGAGGGGCCGGGAGGCGAGCCGGGCCCCCGAGGCGGGUGUGGGCAUCGUGUCCGCAGCCAGCGUCCCCGAGGCCGCGCUCGGGCCAUGACCACUCGGUGAAGUUGCGCUGCGACAGCGCGACCGACUUCUUCCAGCGCUGUGAGGACCUGUGCGCGCUACAGGACCCGGUGCCUCUGCCCGCCUUGCGCGCUUCCCUGCGGGAGGGCCUGCUGGUUAACGCCGACCGCCUCCGUGGGGUGGAAUGUGUGCCGCUCCUGAGCACUCUGCCCCCGAUCUGUAUCCAGAGCUUCUUCCAGCCACGGCUUGGCGAGACAGGUUGUGACAGAAAUAAAGUUUACAGAAGUCGUGUUCCUGCGAUAAGAAAUAAAGAUGUGACCUUCCAGUUGUGUAAAGCUCUUAAAUGCCGUGCAAGUGCGUCGGGUGCGCUAAGGAACCUGGAGCUAAAUGGGCUAGUUCUGAGAGAGAGAGUCUUAACUACGUUAACAAAGGGAUUGAAUAAAUCAGCCAGUUUGGUGCACCUGUGUCUUGCGAGUUGUCCAAUUGGAGAUGGAGGUUUAGAAAUUAUUUGUCAAGGUAUAAAGAACUCUAUCACUCUUAAGACAGUACACUUCACGGGGUGUAAUCUGACAUGGCAGGGAGCAGAUCACAUGGCCAAGAUCUUAAAGUAUCAGACUACCAGAAGGCAUGAAGAAACCUGGGCUGAGAGUCUUCGUUCCAGGAGACCUGAUCUUGACUGUAUGGCUGGCUUGAGGUGCAUCACUCUGAACUGCAACACGCUCACUGGUGACCUGGGUGCAAGUGCUUUUGCAGAAUCUCUUAGUGAGGAUUUAUGGCUUAGAGCACUUGACCUGCAGCAGUGUGGCCUCACCAGUGAAGGAGCAAAGGCUUUACUAAAGACCCUUGAAACCAGCAGAACUCUGGUCGUUUUGAAUAUAAGAAAAAAUCCACUUGUUGAUAUGUGUUGGCCCUUGAACAACGUGGGGGUCAGGGGUGCCGACCCCUACGCAGUUGAAAAUCUGGAUCAUUCUGUGAUGAAAGCAGUUAUCAAUAAAGGUCUCCAGAAUGGAAGGAGUGCCAAGUCAGAGUACCAGCAGAUAACUUCUCCAUCGGUGAAGGAACCAUCCAAAGCUGCUAGACAGAAAAAGAGAACUAUAAUUUUGGGAAGUGGUCGUAAAGGAAAAGCUACUAUUAGAAUUGGCUUGGCCACAAAGAAACCUGUAAGUAAUGGAAGGAAACACUCUGCUGGUAAAGAAUGUUAUGCUCCUGAACCUCUACCACCUGGUGUGUCUGGUUUCCGGCUGUGCCGUACUGCAGAACGUGCAAAAAGCAACAGGUACAUAUCAGCAAGUGCCCUUCUGAGAUCUGUUUUCCAUCGUGUAUUUUUUCUUAUUUCUUAUUUAUAAAAUGUGAUAUUGUCUCCCCAACCAUACUGCUUACUUGUCUCCACCUGGUCUAAGCUGUUCCAUAAAGCAGAUCUUAUUGAUACAUGAGAUCUUAAGUCAUUAGAAGUAAAGAGCACAGAUUUAAA